AUGUAGAGGGCCACAAUGCUGUCAAAGAAGGAGAAAGGGCUGAUUAAAGAGAUCUGGGAAAGACUGAGUCCUGUGGCGGAAGACAUCGGGUCAGAAGCUCUUCUAAGGAUGUUUGCUUCUUAUCCAGGCACAAAGACAUAUUUUUCUCAUCUAGACAUCAGUCCUGGUUCCUCCCAUUUGCACUCUCAUGGGAAGAAGAUCGUCCUGGCCAUAGCAGAGGGCGCCAAAGACAUCAGCCAGCUGACCGUUACCCUCGCACCCCUGCAAACUUUGCAUGCCUACCAGCUCCGGAUAGACCCGACCAACUUUAAGCUGCUGUCACACUGUAUGCUCGUCACCCUGGCUUGUUAUCUGGGUGAAGAGUUCACGCCGGUUGCACACGCAGCGAUGGACAAGUACCUGUCCGCCUUCGCAGCGGUGCUCGCUGAGAAAUACAGAUGAGAUUCAGAC